GACAGGUCCACAGAUCAAAAUGGCGGAACAAGGCUACAGUCAGCUCAGAGAGAACAUUUCUAUAGAAGGCAAGGAUUUUUCCUUCUUCAACCUUUCUGCCCUCAACGACAGUCGCUAUGACAAGCUGCCAUUUUCUAUACGAGUGUUGCUGGAAUCGGCCAUCCGUAACUGUGACGGUUUCCAGGUCAAAAAAGGAGACGUGGACAAUAUCCUUAACUGGGAGAAAAAUCAGGGAAAGAAUGUGGAAAUACCCUUCAAACCCUCCAGGGUGAUACUGCAGGAUUUCACAGGCGUACCAGCUAUAGUGGACUUCGCAGCGAUGCGUGACGCUGUCAAGCGACUCGACGGUGACCCCAACAAAAUCAACCCUGUGUGUCCAGUCGACCUUGUCAUUGACCAUUCAAUCCAAGUGGAUGUUGCCCGAAGUCUGUUGAAUUCUCCCAACCCUGGCGGAGGUCAAAGGUCAGGUACAGCCUCUUGCUCGCAGUGUUCUCUACUUAAAAGACAGACCUAUACUUGUCCUGGACAACAGAGGGCAGGUGUUGACGCAUUAGAAAAAAAUCAAGAGCUGGAAUUUGAAAGAAACGUGGAGCGCUUUGUCUUCCUCAAGUGGGGAGCCAAGGCCUUAGAAAAUAUGGUGAUUGUCCCCCCUGGUUCAGGAAUUGUCCACCAGGUGAACCUGGAAUAUUUGGCUAAAGUGGUGUUUGAUUCUGACAAUAUUCUCUACCCAGACAGUCUGGUGGGUACCGAUUCUCACACCACGAUGAUCAACGGGCUCGGUAUAGUCGGCUGGGGUGUAGGAGGGAUAGAGGCUGAAGCGGUUAUGUUAGGACAAGCCAUCAGUAUGGUCCUACCACAGGUGGUCGGAUACAGACUGACCGGGGUCGUCAACCCUCUGGUCACCUCGACUGAUGUUGUACUGACCAUCACAAAGAACCUGAGACAGAUUGGGGUUGUUGGAAAGUUUGUGGAGUUUUUCGGGCCCGGUGUGGAGCAUCUGUCCAUCGCUGACCGUGCUACGAUCUCCAACAUGUGUCCCGAGUAUGGGGCCACCAUCGGGUUCUUCCCUGUGGACGAGAAAAGUCUGGACUAUCUACAACAGACAGGUCGUCAUAGUGACAAGAUACAACAAAUAGAGAAGUACCUCCGUGCUGUGCAUAUGUUCCGUAACUAUAGCGACCAGUCCGAGGAUCCUGUUUUCUCACAGAUUGUGGAGCUUGACCUGUCCACCAUUGUGUCCUGCUGUUCUGGUCCUAAGCGACCCCAUGACAAGGUAGCUGUCACCGACAUGAAAACAGACUUCAAAGCUUGUCUCAACAACAAAGUCGGCUUCAAGGGUUUUGCCAUUCCCUCAGACCGCCAGUCUGUCACUGCACCGAUCGUGUUUGACAACCAAGAGUACACAAUGUCACAUGGCUCUGUCGUCAUAGCGGCCAUCACUAGUUGUACGAACACGAGCAACCCGUCAGUCAUGUUGGGGGCCGGACUCCUGGCGAAGAAAGCGGUGGAGGCAGGACUCAGCGUUAGUCCAUACAUCAAGACAAGUCUGUCGCCGGGCAGUGGGGUCGUCACCUACUACCUCAGAGAAAGUGGCGUCACACCCUACCUGGAGAAACUUGGAUUUGACAUCGUUGGUUACGGCUGUAUGACCUGUAUUGGUAACAGUGGUCCCCUACCCGAGCCUGUAUCAGAGGCCAUAGAAAAGAAUGAUUUGGUAGCUUGUGGCGUGCUCUCAGGGAAUCGUAACUUUGAGGGGCGGAUCCAUCCACUAACGAGGGCAAACUACCUGGCUUCACCGCCCCUUGUCAUAGCCUACGCACUUGCCGGCACCGUCCUCAUUGACUUUGAAACACAACCCCUAGGAAAAAAUGGUGAAGGAAAGGACGUGUUUCUCCGGGAUAUCUGGCCGACACGAAAAGAAAUCCAGGAAGUGGAACAGCAGUUCGUGGUUCCUGCCAUGUUUACAGAUGUUUAUUCACGAAUUACUGCUGGGAAUAAGAGAUGGAAUGACCUUGAGGCCCCGUCAGAGAUGUUGUACCCCUGGGAUCCAAAAUCCACCUACAUCAAGUCUCCACCAUUCUUUGAGACUAUGACCAAAGAACUGCCCACCCAGACAGGAUUAAAAGAUGCAUGUGUGUUGCUGAACCUAGGGGACUCCGUGACAACAGAUCACAUUUCUCCUGCGGGGAGUAUCGCCCGUAACAGUCCUGCCGCACGCUACCUGGGAUCUGGAGGUUUAACUCCCAGACAGUUCAACUCUUAUGGAUCCCGACGUGGCAAUGAUGCCGUGAUGACACGUGGAACGUUCGCUAACAUCCGAUUGGUCAAUAAAUUUGUUUCCAAACCGGGACCAAGGACAGCUUAUCUACCCAAUGGAGAAGAGAUGGACAUCUUUGACGCAGCAGAGCGGUAUCGCAGUGAAGGACAACAAGUGAUUGUACUAGCUGGGAAGGAUUAUGGGUCAGGAUCAUCACGUGAUUGGGCUGCUAAAGGUCCCUGGAUGUUGGGUAUUAAGGCUGUGAUCGCGGAGAGCUACGAGAGGAUUCAUCGUAGUAAUUUGGUCGGUAUGGGAAUCAUACCGUUCCAGUACCUGCCUGGUCAGACUGCCGAGAGCCUUGGACUGACCGGAAAGGAACGCUUCUCUAUCGACCUUCCAGACGACAUUAAAGCUGGUCAGGUCAUGACUAUAAAGUUAAGUGACGGACGCACCUUCAGUGUUUGCUGUCGUUUUGACACAGAUGUGGAGCUUACCUACUUCAGACAUGGUGGCAUUCUAAACUACAUGAUACGACAAAUGUUGUAACAGUGCUGAUUAUAACAUAGGUCUCCAUGGUGAUGUGUGAUGAUCAUGAUAACACAGGUCCCCAUGGUGAUAUGUGAUGAUAACAUGGGUCUCCAUGGUGAUGUGUGAUCAUACGUAGGUCUCCAUGGUGAUAUGUGAUCAUACGUAGGUCUCCAUGGUGAUAUGAGAUCAUAACAUAGGUCUCCAUGGUGAUGUGAAAUAAUUACAGGUCUCCAAGGUGAUAUGUGAUCAAACGUAGGUCUCCAUGGUGAUAUGUGAUCAUAAAAUAGGUCUCCAUGGUGAUGUGAAAUAAUUACAGGUCUCCAAGGUGAUAUAUGAUCAUAGGUAGGUCUCCAUGGUGAUAUGUGAUCAUAACAUAGGUCUCCAUGGUGAUAUGAAAUAAUUACAGGUCUCCAUGGUGAUAUGUGAUCAUACGUAGGUCUCCAUGGUGAUCUGUGAUGAUACAGAGGUGUCAAUGGCGAUAUGUGAUCAUACAGAGGUGUCAAUGGUGAUAUGGGUCAUAACAGUUCUCCAUGUUGAUAUGAAAUAAUUACAGGUCUCCAUGGUGAUAUGUGAUCAUACGUAGGUCUCCAUGGUGAUCUGUGAUCAUACAGAGGUGUCAAUGGCGGCAUGCCAUAUGAUUGGAUGUCUAAAGCAAUAAUGAAUAAACACUUAUCUCAUGUUGUCAUGGUUACCAUAUUUAUCAUAAAUCCUUUUAGACUAGUAACCAUGGCAACAGUAGAAACAGUGUUUAUUCUAUGGAUAUUUGUGAUAAAGAUAAAAAGGUGUUGAAGUAGAGAAGUAUAUAUUUCUGUGUGGUUCUUGUGUGAGAGUCGGGGAGAAAAUAGUUGUAGUAAAAGAAGAGAUAUAUGUCGAUACAUGUUUCGCGUAACCACCUCAUUUUAUAUAAAAUUUGUUCAUAAAUAAUGUUUUAUUUACAUUUUUAUUUUGGGUAAGUGGGUAUGUGCUGUAGGAAAAUGUUUGUAAGUUUGUAUUUUGAUAGUGGAAGUCAGUUCCUGAUAUAAACCAGUGACAAGCCUGUGUUCACGUAUAAGCCCACCCCAUUCUGUGACAGAUUUGGCUUGGGCCGUACUUAUACAUACUGCAGAUCACUUGCAUUUUUUGAGUUCAAUAUUUUCAUUUUAAUUUGUGGGUCGUGAAUUUAAAUACCUCAAAAAUAUUUACUCUUGACAAUUGCAAAAACAGAUUUUCAGGAAAAUUGAGUGAUUUGAGUAGAAUGAAAUACUGUACUGUAACAUUUCUCUAUUUAUUUGAAGAAGCUGUGGGAACUGUAACCCAUAUCUGUAUUGAUUUUCAAAUUUAGAAUUUUAUUUAUUUCAAAUUUAUCAAAGUUUUUAUCAAACUUGAGAUACCUGGUACCUGAAAUUUGCAAAAUAAAAAAGAAACAUUAUAGGGUCUUUGAGGUACAGUUCCUGUAGCCAUAUGUGAAAAUAGCACAGUAAGAGUGUAACUGUGCACAUAAUUCACGGGAGAUACAGCUACAUAUGUGUGUAGUGAAUGAUUAACGGGAGAUACAGCUACAUAUGUGUGUAGUGACUGAUUAACGGGAGAUACAGCUGCUACAUAUGUGUGUAGUGACUGAUUAACAGGAGAUACAGCUACAUAUGUGUGUAGCCACUGAUUAACGGGAGAUACAGCAAUGUGUGUAGCGACACUGCGGACAGUUCCUGGACUGGACUAUUAAGAACUAGUCUCCCUGGUUACAAGAGAGAUACAGCUAUGUAGUGACAUUUCAGACAGUUCCUGGGCCCAUAUUAAUGAAACCAUGCUCAAACUUGUAUACUUCGCUAAAACCCAUAUUUUUGUUUCAGUGAUAAAUUGAGAACAAAAUACAUUUUUCUGAGGAUUAGAAAAUACAUUGAAGAGACUUCAAACCGAAUAUUGUUUUAAGGUUACACAGUACUUUCUGACCGUAUCACUUGAUUUAAGUGUAGACAUGCUUGAGCAUGAGAACAGUUCAUGAAUACGGGCCCUGGACUGUUAGGUCUUUGUCUGUGUAUGGUUAGGUCCUUGUCUGUAUCGUUUGUUCAGGCCAGAAUCAGUACGGAUCUUUCCUGGCAGUCUAGAUCAAUAUGUCAGCCAUAUGAAGAUGGAGACUUAUCAAGGUUGCAACUUUUCAAUCAUUGAUGUUUGCUCAAGUUUUGACAAAUCACAUAAUUAUACUCAAGAUUUAAGGAUAUUUAAUCAGAGAAAAUCCUGUAUAUGUAUUUAUAGAUUUAGUACUUUAGAUCUGGGCCAAUCAAAGCUGUGUUAGCUUAACCACAUAUUAACACAAAACUUUUAGGUAUAUUCAACAUAUGUUUUCUAAAUUAAUGAAAUUCAAAUAAAAAUUGUAUGUAUAGAGAUUCAAAAUUAAGCUCUCUGUUUCUCGGGAGUUAAUCAAAGAAUAUACCAUUAAGAAUAGGUAGACAAAAAACAACAACAUUUUCUGAAGAUAUUUAUGUUGUAUGAAAAGUAUUGAUUGUCAAAAAUAAUAUAUACAUAUAACUUGGAUAUUUUCAUAGGGCCACAGUGGCCGACUCAGCCCGAGUGGUUAAGGCACAUAGGGGCCACAGUGGCCGACUCAGCCCGAGUGGUUAAGGCACAUAGGGUCCACAGUGGCCGACUCAGCCCGAGUGGUUAAGGCACAUAGGGGCCACAGUGGCCAACUCAGCCCGGGUGGUUAAGGCACAUAGAGGCCACAGUGGCCGACUCAGCCCGAGUGGUUAAGGCACAUAGGGCCACAGUGGCCGACUCAGCCCGAGUGAUUAAGGCACAUAGGGUCCACAGUGGCCGACUCAUCCCGAGUGGUUAAGGCACAUAGGGUCCACAGUGGCCGACUCAUCCCGAGUGGUUAAGGCACAUAGGGUCCACAGUGGCCGACUCAGCCCGAGGGGUUAAGGCACAUAGGGGCCACAGUGGCCAACUCAGCCCGGGGGGUUAAGGCACAUAGAGGCCACAGUGGCCGACUCAGCCCGAGCGGUUAAGGCACAUAUGGGCCACAGUGGCCGAGUCAGCCCGGGUGGUUAAGGCACAUAGGGGCCACAGUGGCCCCCUCAGCCCGAGUGGUUAAGGCACAUAGGGCCACAGUGGCCGACUCAGCCCGAGUGAUUAAGGCACAUAGGGGACACAGUGGCCGACUCAGCCCGAGUGGUUAAAGCACAUAGGGGCCACAGUGGCCGACUCAGCCCGAGUGAUUAAGGCACAUAGGGGCCACAGUGGCGGACUCAGCCCGAGUGGUUAAGGCACAUAGGGGCCACAGUGGCCCACUCAGCCCGAGUGGUUAAGGCACAUAUGGGCCACAGUGGCCGACUCAGCCCGAGUGGUUAAGGCACAUAGGGGCCACAGUGGCCGACUCAGCCCGAGUGGUUAAGGCACAUAGGGGCCACAGUGGCCGAGUCAGCCCGAGUGGUUAAGGCACAUAGGGGCCACAGUGGCCGAGUCAGCCCGAGUGGUUAAGGCACAUAGGGGCCACAGUGGCCGACUCAGCCCGAGUGAUUAAGGCAUCUGACAUUCUGCUACCACGUCCUUAAAUGACCAUUGCUGUUUAUAGGACAUAAAACACAAACAAGUUAAAAGAUUAAGUAGAUAUUGUACAUACUAUGGUACAUUUUAACCCUUUCACCCCUAUGUAACUUUAGUAGACAUUACCGUGCAUUGAUAUGGAUGAGUCCAUUAUGGUCUACAGUGGUGAAAGUGUUAGAUACUCGACACUAUAUACUGUGGUAGACUUCCUUUAUUGUACCCAGUUACUACAGUACAGAUGUACUAACUUUUAUAUUCUAACAGAUAACUCCAUGUAUAGGUCCAUUAAGUGAAUUAUUAACGGCCACAAUGUAUCCUUAAGUUAAGAUGAAAAAUACAUUUACAUGAAUUUGAAGCUUGAUGUUUAGAUAAGUUAAAUUUUUGAAUCUUAUUGCUGUUUUAGACAUUUUGAGAGAAAGACUUGUAAGAUAAGCAAGAUUUAAAAACAUCCAAUGUUGUAUGAGGAUUGACUUUGUUCUUUGUCUUUAAUACUCCUGGUACCAAAUAUCUGGCAAUGAGACCAUGCCUGGUAAUAAGCCCACCGAUCCUCUUCAGGGUUAUCAAAUUGUCAAUAUCUUUUCAAUAAGCCCAUCCCCAACUUCUGAUUCCACAUUUCAUAAUGGCCCCCUGUGGUAAUUGAAGAAUUAUUAUGUAUCCAGAAAAAAAACAAAAAUUGAAACCUACUGUCACUAUAUAUGAAUAUAUUUUAUUUUAUUUUUUUCUUUAUUCAAUGCCUUUGUGUUACACCUUGAAAGUCUGAAUUUAAUUUGUUUUGAAAUUUGAGAGAAUUGGAAAAUGAAAAUGAGAGAUACAGGUCCUGUUGACCUCUUUUUAAGCAGAGUGUGUCUGUGUAUGGAAAUAAUAGUGGUUUGUGUGAUUGAAAAGUUGAAUUAAUGCAUUAUGACAUUUGUUAUCUCCCCUUGGCAACAUCAAGAGCCAUUCUUCACGGGUACUAGCCUCGUCUGUCAAUACACCUUUAAUAUAAUCACUAUUUUAUAGGUGUAUUGACAGAUGAGGCUAUUACCUGUGCUUUAACAGUUAAGGAAAAUUUGUCAAACGUUUUAAAUAAGUUGUUAAAAACUAAAAUCUAAGCAAAAAUGUAAGUGUGUUUACUUGUAUAACGUUAAUUUUAUAUUAGUAGUAAACAAAUAUGUAUUUUUAAUCAUGACUAUUAAAUAUGACCAACAACAUUUCUUUACUGAUUGUAGCUCUGACAGCAAAAGGGAAAAACUACAGUUACUUCUCCUAGUUACCCCAGCCAAUGUGGUGAUCAUUGUCAAUCUACAGUUACUUCUCCUAGUUAUACCAGCCAAUGUGGUGAUCAUUGUCAAACUACAGUUACUUCUCCUAGUUACACCAGCCAAUGUGGUGAUCAUUGUCAAACUUCAGUCUAAGUCUCUAAUAGUUUUGUUACUUAAAAAAACAAAUGCACAUUUUACGUCAAAUCCUGCAAACUGAAUGUAUUUUUCAUCUUAUUUUUGUCUACAUGAUGUGUUUGGCUGUGAUAAGUCACAGGAAUUACAAUCAAGAUCGUCAGGCAUUACUGUACAGCACCAUGAAUUUGUGAUCAAAUAUUUUGUUGUACUUGAAUUUUUUUUUGACGUCUUUUAAUUGAGUGAUGGAGUAUACACUUUCGCCUUGGAUAAAACCUUGGCACAAGGACAAAAUAAGUCUUGCAAGACCAUUAUCAAUAUCCUCUACCUCUGGUCUGGUUGUAAGGAGAGCUGCUCAAGUCACUGAUAUAAGUAACAUUGGUUACUUAUUACUAUAAUGACAUUUUGAAAACUGGAAAAAAUGCUGAAUUAUGUUGAGGAUUUAUGAUUUCUUCAUAUUCACAUUUAUUAUUAAAUUUCGAAAAGAAAAAUGCAGUCUGUAACAAUUUAUAUAUGAGAGAUAUUAAUGAUGAUUGUUAAGUGGUCUGCAGUAAUCAAGCUAUACAUAUCUACAGUUAAAUAUGUUUACAAUCAGUAGUCAAUCAUGUGUUCCGUCGUUUAUAAUCAACAAUCAAGCUUAUGUUGUUUAUAAUCAACAGUCAAGCUUAUGUUGUUUAUAAUCAACAAUCAAGCUUAUGUUCUGUUGUUUAUAAUCAAAAGUCAAGCUUGUGUUCCGUUGUUUAUUUAUCAGUUGUCAAGCUUAUGGUCCCCUUAUGAAUUCCCAGGACAUGUAAAGAUAAACCGUUACUAUUGGACACAAUGUGGGGAGAAUGUCAAAAUAUACAGGUUCUACUGUAUAAGUCUUUAUUUUACAAAACUAGGACAUUAUUUUAUGAAACUAAAGUCCAUUUUGUAAAAGUGAGAUGGGGGAAAAAGAUUAAAUGUUUUUUGUUUUGUUUUUUGUUCUGCAUGUUGCCUGAAAUUUGAACUCAUUGCUUCUUGGACAUAUUGACUUGGGUUCCUUUGUUAUAAACACGGUUCACUGAAGUUUGAUAUGCCCACAUGUCGUAUUGUACAAUUUGUGUAAUUGGAGGAUGAUUUACGUGGAAUGAGUGUCACUUAAACAUGUAUAGUGUGCUAGCUACUGCAAAAUCUAUUUAAAUAAAAAUUAAUUAAUUAUAAA